UGUAGAGGUCUGGUACUUCCGGCGUUUGCGGCGAGUGAGUCGUCCUCGACUGUGACUGUCAUCAAGAGUCUCUCCGUCUGUGCUUCCUCAAAACUCAAUCGGAAUGCGCGCAACAAUGUCUCAGCCGCACUGUUCAAGAUGUCUUUCUUUCGACCUACAACCGGGGCCGAAGUUCUUUCAGCCUGAUCGUCCAAUCGUGUAUUUGACUUCCCCAGAAUCCGAGCCUUUGAGUUGGUGCUUGCCGUAUUUUCCAGCCCGGCCGCCUUGGGCGUACAAGCGUGCUCGCCGGCAGGACUUGGCAGAAGACAGAACCGGGCUGGUUGAAUCUGGAGCUGCAGCCUGAUAAGCUCUGUCCGACCUCGUGCUGCCGUCUUCAUCUCCCAUCCGUCUUUUCUUCUUAUUCGGGUCUUAAGUGUGUUUAGGCUGGUGUUUGGUUUCUAAUACCCGUGCACCGUGACCGUGUGUGAGAAUGGGCAGCCACGGACAAGGCUGGUGGAAUGGAGAACAAGCUGAGGAAAGGUAAGAUGGGCAUUCAGUCUUGAAGGAUUCUUGUUCAUUGUCGCCAGCUACCCCCUGUCCGCUCAACGGCCAUACGGACAGCGACAUGGAAGCGCCGGAUCGACAGAAUACAAUCCAUAUUUCUAUUCCCAGUCCGCUGAGCGGCCGAAUGACUACGCAAUUCACAGUCCUCCUCCGGCACGACAGAAUCCCGGCAGGAUAGCAAGGCGGCCUACUUCAGGAGGUCGAGAAUCGCGGACUCCCUACGAAGCCUUGCCGACGGGUGACACGUCCUACACCCUCCCUUCUAUCAAUGAGCCGAUGCCAGAUCCUCACGAUUAUAACAUGGACAACUAUUAUAAUCCCCCAGCAUACCAUCAUGCCGGCAGCGUUGCGCCUUCCACGAACAACAUGUCCAUCAACGAUGGCGUGUCCGUGAACAACGAAUUCGUAACUCCUCUUACAGCCCAGCAAAAGUUCAAUGCGGACGAUUACGAAGUCCACGCCGUCAAAGCGUCGAAUGACAAUCCCUACCGCUUUGACGCCGAUACGCACCUCAAUCGAUUUUCGAACAAUUUGCACCUCAAGCGAAUCUUUUACUCGCUUGACCCGAAAUUCUUUCACGAGCGAGCUUGGUUCAGUUGGACGUCUCCACACUCCUACCAAUUACCCGGUCACUACUACAGAUCCGCGAGUGGCGGACGGAUCAACAUCUACAGGCACAGGGACGUCUUUCGGCGAAAGCAUGCCGGUUUGAACGACGAUCGAUUCCUAGAUCCGCUGGACGGGAGAGUGGAAAAGCUGUUUGUCCAGACAAUCAGUGAAAUCUACGAUACGGACAACGAGACGACCUGGCGGAGGACAUAUAUCGAGAACGUCAGUCCGUGGCUCAUCCGCCUUGCUUAUUGGCCUUACUCGCACAUGCCUGUUUCCAGUCAAAAUUUCUCGUCUGAUUACGGCGUUCGCGAAUCGUCGUCUGCUGGGAUUAGCGCUUGGAAUCAAGAGCAGUGGCUUCACGUUGGUGUUCGCUGGCUACCCACUUGCAUUGGGUUGCUGCUAUUGAUGAUAUUUCCGACCGACGUGGAAGGCCAAGUCCGCAAUCAUGGCAAUUACGAUCCUGUGCCUUACCGAUAUUGGUCAUAUCCGCUGUCCGCGCGUAACUUCCGCGAGAACAAAGGCCAGAUGCCCCAACCGGGAUCAUUUGGGACCACAAACGACUUCAGGCUCUCUGAUAGAUGUAUGCGACCACGCCUGUUGUGUUUCCUGGAUCGCAUGACCGAUGACAAUCCAAGAGGCUGUCUUGACCCACAGGUUUGGAUCGACGAGCACGGAGGAGGCAUUGAGCCGACCUAUAUCUUCAUCUCUUACACCGCUGAGAACCAGUUUGAGCGAAGAUGCGCCGACGCGAGGCAAGAUAUCCAGAGCACCGGCUCUUCAUAUUGCAACUGUCCACAAUGCCGGGACGCAGCAUCCGACGCCGAAGCCCUCCACAGAAUCGCCCGUAAGGCAGCCAGAAGUGCAAAGGUCGCAGCCUACUGGACCGACCAAUGUUGCAUGUCCACUGACAAGGUUGAGCUCCAAGAAGAUGUCUACCGAAUCAGUGACGUCGUGCGUGGUGCGGCAAAGAUAGUCAUCGUUGUGGGUCGGACAGGUCAAGACAAUCUUCCGUCAUCAGUGACCACGCUCGACCUGUUGAAAGAAUGGGGUACCCGAAUGUGGACGUGGCCCGAAGUUCUGCUGGGUCCGGCAGGGACGAAGAUUCAGGUAUACACGCGCGGGGGAGACAUGCGUGCCCCGUUGGAAAUCUCGAAGAUAGAGUUUCCUGCCCAGGUCUGGGACGAUGGCGAGGUGGCGAGACAGCUGAUUGAUAACUAUGAGGGAUCGCUGGCCUUGAGUCGGCUAGAACUCGUGGUUCUAGCGCUGGAAUGUCUCAAGCGGCGGGUGGAAAAGGGUACCACAAAGUACCUUGAGGGCGAUUUGUCGUAUGCAUUAAUGGGCUUGCUGAGGCAACGGCCAAAGGUCAACCAGACAGACUCUGCGUUCCAAGCCUUUGCGCGUCUUUCAUUAGCAAACGACAGCGACCGUCUGCUGGAAAGGAUGAUUUGUUUACUCCCAUUCAAGGGCAGUCACGAAUCUACACCCAAUAGCCAACAUUACAACCAGAAUGCAGAAACAGCGAUCAGCGACAACAGCCAGUACGGAAGGAUCCCAGGCAGCGAAGAAAGCAAAAAGAGGCAUUACUGGACCAACCUUGACGACUACUGGGGUGCCAAACUCUGGGAUGUCGAGCCUAUUUGUCAGGUGGCAGGCAUUGGGAAAGAUGACACCGUGAUGCUCGAUGGCGCCUACGGUGCCACAGUCCACUGGGAUAAAUUUCAACGUGUUGCCAUCACCACUCGAGAGACGUGGUCGCGUAUGCUGGCCCGGUACUUUGUGCGAGGCACCCCGGCAUGGUUCUUCACCGGUGUCCUCACCGUGGCAUUUUCAGCAAACAACCCCACGGGAAAGGGGAUAGGGGCGCUCUUCCUGAUCAUCGCGCUCGUCACCGUCCUUCUGUCGCCAAUGCUGAUCCUGCAUAUCUACGGAGGCAAGGUAUGGAACACCCAACCUUGGCUCUUCGGGUUUGAAGGACACAUGUCCUUGAGGAAGAUUGAGAUGAAAAUCUUUGGAUUUCCUUCAGAGCGGCUCUCCUGGGCUCCCUAUGCCAGUAAUAUGUCCCACCAUCGAGUGAAUAGUGAGUUCUUGGAGGAGGAGUGCGAGGGCACGGAUCCUUUGCUCUCGGGAGAGAUCGGCGGAGGUGGUGCGGGAAUGGUUUCGACGACGGGCGAAAAGCUGAGACUUUUCACGCUGGUCGACACGAAUACAAUGACUGUAACCACGUUCCGUGCUGCGCGCCCGCCCACGGUUGCCCUCCUCUGCGGCUCAGAAGGAGGUAUGCAACGCGCAGUGAUGUGUUCGUAUGACUGGACGAAUCAGUGUCUGUGGCGAGAGACCGUGCUUCGCAUGGAGACGAUAGCACUGCAAAAGAUGCCUAGGAUCGGGAGAGUCAGGUUUGGGCUGAGGAGAUGGGAGGCCGAGAUGGGAAGGAGUGAUCUGCAGCCUCCUGAUUGAGAGCAGGAUGGCCGCUGGCGACAUGGAGAUGCAGGCAAGGUUUGCGAUGGAGUAAAUGCCAUGGCAAUAUUCGUCGUCUGACCAUUUGAGAGGUGGGAGGUCAACGUUUCCAGUGACAGGGCAAGCCUGUAUUGUGACAGGGGAUAGCCUUAAGUUCAAUGGCUGACAUUUUCAUGAUAGAGUAGAAGGAAGCGCCUAAGCAAUUGAUACUGCUUCGUCCUGUAGGACAGGCAGUCCCAAGAGACUCAUUGAGGCACGGAUCUCAGACAUCUCCCUCCCGAGGACCUCAGGGAGGGGAGUCUGCUCGGGGAGAGUAGAUAGCAAGCACCUCUCUAGCCACCUACUCCUCGGGGCACCCAGAGAAGAGAGUCUACCUCCCGGAGGUGCUCAGGGAGGGAAGUCUGCUCAGGGAGAGUAGAUAGCAAGCGCCUCUCUAGCCACCUACUCCUCGG